AUGCAGAGAGGGGGCGCGUGCAGCUUUAGCUUUGGCUGUCAGAUCCGGACGCUCGAGCCGGUACCCACCGAGAAAGACCGUGCGCUGUUUUUCCUCGGGACGAGCGCCUUGAACCAGUCGAAUAACAUUCAUGUCGUGGAAGUGACGGACAACGGAAGUACUGUGGGCACGCGACAGGUGCUGCGUCACCCUGGGGAAGUGCUCGCGCUCGUCCCGAAUCCUCAAGACCGCCAGCUGCUGCUCACGUGCAGCAAAGCACGAGGCCAACCGGCUCAAGUUUUGCUCUGGAGACUGCCGGACGAAGAGACGAGUGGAGAAGGGGACCUUGAAGAAGCUGAAGCUCGUGCUAGUGCUCCUACUGCUACUUCUGGUAAGGCGCAAGAGAUGGAGCAGCUCGCGGCAUUUCCAGUUCAGAGACUGCCGGUGUCCGAGUACGAGCGAUCGACGACAGUCGCGUGGGAGACUACAACGGACACGCCAACGGUAGCGUCGGCGCAUGAGACGCUGCUACGCACGUGGCGCGUCAGUGGGAGCUCAGUGGACGCGUUGGAUCGACUGGAGCUGGACGGAUCGAUGCUGGGUGGAUCGACAAAGCGAGCGGCUAGCGCGCUGGCGUGGGAUCCGCAUCACGCUUUGCAGCUGACUUUUGCUCUUGGCGGUAGUGUGCGGACGUGGGAUGUCCGUGCCAAGAAGGACAGCGUGCGUGUCCAAGAUGCACACCCGAGCGCAACGCUGGCACUUGAUUUCAACCCGAACAAGCCCUACGCUCUCGCUACUGGUGGCGACGACGGCAAACUCAAGUUCUGGGACUUGCGCUAUGCGCGCAAGCCAGUGUUGACGCUGAAUGCACACUCGCACUGGGUCUGGAGCACGCGCUAUCACCCGCAAUAUGACCAGCUCGUGCUCUCAGGAAGCUCCGAUGCGACGGUGGCGCUGUGGCGAGUAUCUUCCGUCUCGUCGUUGCCGCUUGUCGAGCUGGACGACCGUGACCUCAUGGACGAAACGGCCGGCGGGGCUCCUGUUGUGGAUACGCUGAUUCGACGAGUGGAAGACCACGAAGAUGCCGUGUACGCAGCGCGGUGGGCUGCGGGAGGAGAUGCGUGGCUGUUCGCUUCCGUGUCGUACGAUGGCCGUCUUGCUAUCAACCACGUGCCGUCCACGGAGAAGUACAAGAUUCUGCUCUAG